AAUAUUAUUUACUUUUAAAUUUCAUUUUAUAAUUACAAUUCCUUAAGAAAAUAUUAAGAAAUUAGAAAGAUCGUUUUUGUGUUCACAUGUGGUGUAUAAAUACAUAGAAGCCUCUUCAAUCCAACUCCAAAAGAGAAGCAUUUUCAAGAAGAAUUCUUAAGUUCUAAACAAAACAAAAAAAAAAAGCAUAAAAAUGGCUUCAUGGAAGAAAACAAUUGCAACACCAUUCAAGAAAGCGGCAACGUUCUUUAACAACCCGCAGCAAUCACCGCACAACCGCCACGCAAACGCAAAGGCGAGAGAAGAACAUGAGAGACGAACGGUGCAGGAGCUUCAAGGUGAUGUCAUGGCUUGUGGUUAUGAAGAUGUCCUCGUCAUGUGGUCAAUUCUUGACAAGUCAAACUCUUCAAACAAUCUCUCUUCUUGAUUAGAAUGAGAAAGUGUCCUCUUUCACGUAAUUACGUGAACAAAGGAAUCCGAAAUGUCUCUUUUCAUUUUCUCUCUUUUUUUAUGUGUAUAGGUUGUAUAAGCCCGCCAUGUCUCUCAUAUUUCCCCUUAUCUUUAUGUGGUCGUGGCUUUUUUAAAUUUAGAACUUUAGUGAAUUUUUAUCCGAUGUCUAGUUUGGAUUCGGAUGUUAGUAAUCCCUGUGAUGAUCUAUCUAAUUUCACGGUGAGAUUUUUCAUUUUGGAACAAAUGAAUGAAGUCUUUACAUGUUGUUGGCCU